AUAAAUUUCAAAGGAUAUUGAUAUUUGAUUAUCAGAUAUUAAUUUACAGAUUCCAACAUUCAUUACUCACCGUGAGUUCAAUUCCAACGAGUUAGCUAUACAGUUAAAUAAAGAUAUUAGAUAAGAAGAACUCAGUCGUAACUCUAUACAACCUUGCUUCAAAAUGAGUAACGGUAGAAGAGUUGUACUUGAAGUUUGCGAACUACUUUGCCAACAAGAAAACCUGAAGGCGACCAUAAGGGAAUCAGCCAAAGGAGCAGCACUGGUUGGUGUAACUUCAUUCCUUGGGGCUAUCGUUGGAGGAAGAUUGGGUUUAUUGGCAGGUGCUGCUUUAGGAGGAGCUGCAUCGAUGGCCUUUGGCUCCGAAUUCAAAUCACUUGUAGAUAUAAUCAGACAGGACAUGACGGAAAAGCAAAGAGACCAACUAGCUGAAUCUGUCCGCCAUCUUUUCCGUGGGAUUCAACUAACAGAUACGGUGGAGAUUAUGGCAAUGCUUGCCCAAAAUACUUCUUUGAAAUCGUCGAUAAUAAAUGGGAUCGUUGGCUUCAUACAACAAGAAAUGAAAUGUAGUGUUUGUUGAAUAUGUGUUGCAUAGGUCAUUUUGUGAUAUACAGAACUGAGUUAUAAAGUCACUUCUUUCUUAACAAAAUACAAAAGACUGGAGUUGAAAUUAUUAAUUUUUGAAAACAUGAUAAACACUUUUUCCAAUUAAUUUUUUUUGGUAAUUCGUAAAUUUUUCCUGAAACCAUCAAUUUAUUUUCGUGAGUCUAGUUUGAACUGUAAUCAUAAUAAGUCUAUACUACAAGAAAAAUUACGAAAAAGUCACAUAUCAAGUUCAGAAUGAGAUAUCCAUAUGUACAUGAUUCACAAUAAAAAUAAUAUCACUCAAGAUGAGAGUGUCUGUCAGUGAAGCAGCUCCGCAUGUCAUUCAGUCAACAAUCAAUAUGAAUUUUGUGAAAAUUUUUAUCUGUGGAUUUGUGUGUUAUUGGGAUGAAUAUGAUUUUUUUCCAAGAUAUUGUAUAUGAAACUACUACUGUCUAGUGUUCAAAAAUACUUUUAUUCUUCAACGUUUACAGCUUUAAUAAUAAAAAUAUAUUCAUA